GUAUCUCUCUGCAGCGGAGUAGAAUUUAGAAAUGUGGAAGGAGGAAUCGUUGGAUUUAGUACUAGUGCCGGCGGGUCUCGCCGUGAUGGUCGCUUACCAUGUCUGGCUCGGCUACACCAUUAUCCACCGUCCGAAGCUCACCGCUAUCUCCCUCAACGCUGAAUCUCGAAGACUAUGGGUCUUCGCUAUGAUGGACGAUCCGAUGAAAAACGGUGUAUUGGCAGUACAGACAAUCAGGAACAACAUAAUGGCAUCAACCGUUUUAGCCACAACAGCAAUCACUCUCUGUUCCAUCAUCGGCGUCUUCGUAAGCAGCAACUCCCCUUCGGAAUCCACAGCGUCGCCUAUGAUAUACGGCAACAAAAGCCCUCUCCUUGCAACCAUCAAGAACUUCUCGAUCCUCAUCUGUUUCCUCAUGGCCUUUCUCUGCAACGUCCAGUCCAUCAGGUACUACGCCCACGUUAGUUUCCUAGUCACCGUGCCCGUCUCCAGAGGGGAAAAAGAGCACUGCGAGUACGUGGCUAGGAACCUGAACCGAGCUCUCUACUUCUGGUUCCUCGGGUUGAGGGCCUUCUAUUUCUCCUUCCCGCUCUUCCUGUGGAACUUUGGUCCCACCCCCAUGUUUGUGUGCUGUUGUAUGAUGUCUUCGAUUUUGUAUUUCUUGGACACGACCACUUCUUUUACUAGGCGUCUCCACAGCCAGUCGUUUAGAGAAACUGCUGAGUCGAUGGAUGGUGAAAUCGAAUCAGUGGUUCAUGCUCUCUAGAUUCUUCUCUGAUUCUUUUGUUGUGUGUUGGUUGUUCGUUGAGGUUCUAGAGAUAUUUUGCGGAAUGUUUUUGAAAUGUGAUGGAAAAACUUGGGCUGCGAUUGUUUGUUUGCGUUUUCAUGUAACAAUGAUUAGAAGAUUAUCAUAUG